GGGCAUCCCGUAGAUCCCGCUCGUCGGCUCGUCAAGAAGCGCGCGCGCGAUUUUCGAGUUCUUUCCGUAAUUCCUUGGACUCGAUGCCAGGACGUGACAGAAAGGAGUCGUCGUGCCCUUUGCUGAGGAUUAACGAUUAAGAACAGACCUGGAGCAUGAUGCUGGACAGCGAUGUCACGAGCAUCAACGAGUCGAGCAUUUCGCCGAGGAAACAAUUAUGGAUCAAGGCGGUGAAGAAACUGACCUCCGAGAGGCUGGGCCGGGAGGGACUGGCGGCGUGGGAGGGCCGGAAGUCCAACACGGAUCCCGAGGUCGCCGCCGAAGAGAAGGACGCCGGCCAGGCACCCUCUGAGAAUGACGAGGACUCGAACGGGGAACCGGAAGCCGCCGUUGGAGCAGAGGAGGCCGUGACCGAUGAGGAGGCCCAGACCCAACGCGAUGUCUUCAAGAAGGGGACGCUAUACAAGGGGAUAUUCCUGCCCUCGCUGACCAACAGUUUUCAUAACAAGCAGUUGGAGACGUCCUACCUUCUCUACUCGAAUCGGCAGAGGCAGAAGUCCCUGAUAAUGCUGAACAUCGUAGACCUCAGUCUGAAGAUCACAUUAACGGCGAUCUGGCUUUGGCAACGGGACCCGAAUGGCGGAGGACUCAUCGAGGGAUUGUCGUGGGCCGCGUGUUGCAUGGCGGCGAAUCUGGUCAUCUGCGUGCUCGGCUGGUGGCGUUGCUUUUCUAACAAUUACCUGUACUGGGCCUCGAUAUUCACUUGGUUAUUAAUAAACUCUCAAGGUUUCAUAGGUGCCGGUCUGAACUUCACCACGCAACAGCGGCUCAUGUGGUACAUACUCUUCGUCGUGUACGCGCCCUACGCGAUGCUGCCUCUGCCGCUACGAUGGUGCGUCCUCGCCGGCUACGGAACGGCGCUAACACACAUGGUGAUGGCCGGAAUAAGUCUCCUGCAGAACUCCACAUACCCGCGAGACGCGGUGUGCAUUAUCCGCAUGCUAACGACGAACGUGCUGCUGUACCUGGCCGUGAACCUGGCCGGCAUGUAUACCAAGUACCUGACGGACCGGGGACAACGGCAGGCCUUCCUGGAGACUCACCGUUCCACAGAGACGCGACAACGCACACAGAACGAGAACAAUCGACAGGAAAAGCUGCUGCUUUCAGUGUUGCCCGACUUUGUCGCCAAGGAAAUGAUCCGCGACAUCUCCCGCGAGACGGCACGUGGUGGGACGAUAUCGUUCACGCCGAAUCAGUUCCACCGGAUAUACAUCCACCGUUAUGAGAACGUCAGCAUCCUCUUUGCCGACAUCAAGGGAUUUACGGCUCUGGCAAGUCAGUGCAGCGCCCAGGAGCUGGUGAAGGUCCUGAACGACCUCUUCGCCCGUUUCGAUAGGCUCUCGGCAGAGAACCACUGUUUACGCAUCAAGCUCCUCGGCGAUUGUUAUUAUUGCAUCUCCGGCCUGCCGAUCGCUAGGAGCGAUCACGCCCACUGCUGCGUCGAGAUGGGCUUGCACAUGAUAAAGGCCAUACGAGACGUUAGAUUCACCACGAAGGUGGACUUGAACAUGAGGAUAGGAAUACACAGCGGAUCGGUGCUAUGCGGGGUCUUGGGCCUGCGGAAGUGGCAGUUCGACGUGUGGUCCUACGACGUGACACUCGCGAAUCAUCUUGAGAGCGGAGGAAUACCAGGGAGGGUACAUAUUUCCGCCGACACUCUCAAGUGCCUGAACGACGUUUAUGAGGUGGAGCCCGGCUACGGUUGCGAGCGGGACAAUUAUCUGAAGGACAGAAACGUGGUGACGUACCUCAUCAAGCAAGUGGAGCCCCUCAAGUCCAGGCGAAGACAGUCGUCGAAGCCGAAGGUCUGGACGGAGGAAGAGUUGGCCGCGAAUAAGAACAAGAAGAGUUUCAAAGUGAACAAUCCGCACGCAGUGAACAGCAACGCGCAGCAACCGGGUUCCAUGGACGACGAUAUCGGAGUUGACUGGACCCCUGAAAUCCCGUUCGAGAAUCUGAACACAGCUACGUCGGUGAGUAACUUGGAGUCCGAGUACUUAGAAGAGGAGAACGGUCAACCAGCCAAGCCGAGCAACAAAGCGGCCUCGACGACAUCCGUUGAGAAGAAGGGCGCCAUCGAAACCGCCAGCAAUAAACGCAUGAGAUCGGCAAACAUAAACGCAUGGACUUUGCGCUAUAACGACGAGAGCCUGGAAUCCAAGUUCGACCAAUUACGAGAAGACAUGUUCAAGUCCAACAUGAUAUGCUGCUUCGUCAUAUGGCUCUUCAUCGCUGUCUGCCAGGCUAUAAUCUUGUCUGAUUGCAUGAUUCUCCUGAUCUCGUUGCUGGUGACUACGGUAAUCCUGGUGGCAUCGUCAAUCCUAGUGAUGGCAGAGGAGUUCAAGGGCAUGCCGACGUACUUUCAGCACACAUCGUCCAUGCUGGUGCACAACAAGAAGCACCGCACCGUCUUCAUUUGCGGCGUCAUCAGCCUGAUGAUGCUGACGUCCAUCAUCGGCGUGUUGACCUGUCCCAUGGUGCGCCCUCACCAGGAAGUGAUGGUGCUGGAGCAACAGCAGAUACCGACGACGAUCGCGGUGGCACCGCUCCCGGUGCCGGAGAAGUUGACGGCGACCACCGCGAGGUCGAGCCUGGACCACCUUGUCCUUACGUUCCUGGAGGCUGCUCUAAGCGAUGAAUCCACUGAGGGAGGAAAGACCGUCGCUUCGACGGAGAACAACACUCUGGAAACGGGAUCCAGCAAUAUCGAACUGAAGCUGACACGAGUGGUGAACGACAGGGCGCCUGGAAGAAGCAGAAGAGAGUUUUUCAGAUUCUAUAGGUAUGAGCAGCAUUACGAGAAACCGGAAGCUGGGAGCCGGCAUUACAGACGAGUCGCACGCAAACGCGACAUCGAGGGUGGCUCCCAAAGAAAACUCCUCUCCGUCGCAGAGGGGAAGAGUCACGUUCGCUCGAAACGGUUAAUUCUGAAAAGCCCCGAGGAGCUUGAGAAAGCUGGUUGCAUCCGGCCGGAGUAUGUGGUGUUCACGUGGAUCCUAUGCCUGAUCGCGCUCGCUUCAGCCUUAAAGCUAUACUAUCUGGUGAAGACUGCGCUGGCCGCGGCGAUCGUUCUGGUGUACGCGGUGCUGAUCCUCGUCGUGUGUAAGGGCAUGUUCACCGAGAGAGACAGGAACGCAUCGGCGAUAUCUCUACCGGCGCAGAUGCUGACCUUCCUCACGGUCUUCCUCGUGAUGGUAACGUAUCAUGGUAGACUGGUGGAGGUGACGUCGCGCCUGGACUUCCUGUGGAAGCAACAGGCCGAGAGAGAGUUGAGCGACAUGAUCGAAUCGCGACAUAACAAUAUGCAGCUCCUGAAGAACAUCCUGCCAGACCACGUGGCGCAUCAUUUCCUCACGACGGAUCGCGCGCCGGAAGAGCUCUACUCGCAGUCGCGGGACAAGGUCGGCGUGAUGUUCGCCAGCGUGCCGAACUUUACGGAAUUUUAUUCGGAGGACGUAAAUAAGGGGAUGGAAUGCAUUCGCCUGCUUAACGAAAUUAUCGCUGACUUCGACGAGCUGCUGGACGAGAUACCGUUUCAGUGCAUCGAGAAGAUAAAGACGGUCGGCGCUACUUACAUGGCUGCCUCGGGCCUGAAUCCCAGCCAAACCGGUAACAGUGGCGACGAUAUGGAGCACCUGUGCAGUCUGGUGGAUUACGCGGUGGCCAUGCGCCACCGUCUCGAGGACGUGAACGUUCACUCGUUCAACAACUUUGACCUGCGAGUGGGCAUCAGCUGCGGGCCUCUCGUAGGCGGCGUGAUCGGGGCCCGGAAGCCGGUCUUCGACAUAUGGGGCAACACCGUGAAUGAAGCCUCCAGGAUGGACUCCACCGGUGUGAUGGGCAAGAUACAAGUCCCGCACGACAUCGCCAGGUUUCUGGAAUCGAGGGGUUACCAGACUCAGAAGCGCGGGCUAAUCGAGGUGAAGGGGAAGGGCACGAUGGAGACGUACUUCGUGCUGGGCAAAGCCACCCUGCAGCAGGAGGGCACCCCCAGGCACAGGAGCACCUGCCGCAGCCUGGCCGCGGUGGUCUACGGUGUGGUUCAGGCGCGUCGCAAGCAGAUCAAAAAGCAGGCGAUGCGAAGAACAUAGAUUGAGAACUUCCGAGAAUAGUUCUCCGUGUAUAGCUUUGCCGAUGCUGUCAGAUUGGCGCGGAGGGAUCUCGCCGAGCGCAACAAAAUUGCGCAACUUUAUAUCUCCGACGGUCCACGUUGCACGUGUACUUCAUUUCAGAGAUAAAUUAUUCCAAUUCUCGUAAAAAAAGAAAGAAAGAAAACGUACGACAUACCGUCAGUAAAACGCCGAUAUUAGUGGGGAAAGAAGCGACAAAUCUUUGCGCCAAUCUGAUGGAUAAGCGCGACAAAUAAUCGAGCAGAUAUACUUAGGUCUUGAAAAGGACUUCUAUCCAAUUUCACUUCCGUGUCAUCUUGCCACAAAGUAUUGAAUGUAUAUAGCACUUAAAAUAAAUAAUCGAUCUUAUACAAACAUGAGUUACGCCCUUUUCCAUUGGAACUUUAAUCACAAGUUUUGCUCGUUACAAGAAAAUAAUUCUAACAUUUGCUACUUCGAAAUAACAAAAAAAAAAUUGCAUCAUCGCGCGAAUAUAACGAGGAAGCUGAUGACGAUCGUUAAUUUUAUCACAGAACAGUAUUAUAAAGUAUGCUCACUGUUAGAGACAUUAUUGUUAUUGUUAUUAUUAUUAUGCUCAUGUAAUCAUGGCGAUCGGUGACAGGUGGAAAUGCACAAAGUCUCUGGCUCCGUGUAACCUCGUAUAUUACACAUUAUUACGGUAAACACAAUAUUUAUAAUCGUAAUAAUAAUCCAUGAUAAUAAUGGCAAUAAUGAUAAUCAUAAUAAGGCUACCUACAGGGUGGCCGCCGCCGCGCGAGGGGCCACCGCACCUGCCCGGCCGAGACGAUCGGCCGGCUCGACUGUACACGACUUUUACAACAUACUCGAAUAAUUAAUCUAAUUUUACAUAUUAAUCAUUAGACAAUUCAUUACAAUUACGAACCUAGUCAGAAGAACGUCACGAUACGUAGGAAGGACCGCACGCCUCCCUUUCCCUCAAGAUCACACGCAUGUCUCUCGCUUACCGUUAAUCGGCUAUCAUCAGCAAAAUUUCGCAUCCUCCGAGGAAGAAUUCCAAGGACGAAAAGUAUACGCUUCGCUUCGUCGCAGAGAAAUUCGGAUAUAACAUUGGACACCGUUGUAUUAAAGCGAAACAAAAACCACAUCUUCUUGAUCCGUUUGUCAUUUUUUCUCUUUUUUUUCUUGGAAUAAAACUAUACUCGCUAAUAAGAACCUUUCUCCUUAAAUUUUUCAAUUUCUACAUCGAAUGCUAAACAACAUUUGCUCUAAUUUACAUUGAAAUAUAUUAAUUUUGAAAAAGUGAAGAUAAAUAUGGUUUACAAUUAUUAUAGUUUACGUCGUAGUUACAGCCUUCCUCAGACUAACAAUAAGAGUCAAUAGAGACAAUUUUCUUGCCGAGGAUGCUCGGAAAAUUUUGCUCGAUUCGCGGAGCUGAUUGCUUUCUCCGAGGGACAAAGGGGGACUUGUCUCAUUUAAGAUAUAAAGGCACUGUACACGUAAUGAACAUACAAUUAGAAGAGCGCUAAAAAGGCGGUCCGGAUGAUGCUUCCUUUCCCCUCUUUCAUCUCUCGCCACUACCACUUUCUCUCGACAGGUAAAACGUGCCCCGUUUAAAAAUAUCGCUUCGAUCUACAAUAUGUCUGUCGCUUUAAAAUACGGCCAUUAGAUUGCGGCGCUUAAAAUAGGGGAGCGGUUUCCUUCGUUUCUAGCUGCAUUGGUCGAGACUAACUUCUUCGUUCCUCCUCGUCUAGAUUAGUCUAGCUUCAGUUUAAGGAAAAAUAGAUGACUAUGAUCGGAUUGGAUGCGCGGUAACUAUUUAUUAUUAUUUUAUUAUUAUUAUUAUUAUUACACGGGGGGUGAACUCUCGUGGUGGGAAAGAUUGCGGAAAACAGGGGAUGGGGGCGCGAAAACGAUUGGUCAAUGCGAUCAGAAGUCAAGAAAACGCUCCUGGCUUAAAGGUGGGAUCCUCUCACGUUUAUCACAAUUUGGCAGUGAACGUUUUCACGUUGUUGUUGUCGUCAAGAAAUACAUAGCUUACUGCGACAUAGUGUUCAGCCGUGUCCCUUUUCGAAAGCUAUACACAUAUACAUAUAUACGAUUGCUAGCUACAACGGUUCCCUAUACACACAUAUGUACAUAUACAUAUAUAUGUAUAUAGAAUGUCCCGUAGAGAUCGCAGAAACGCUUAUGGGUAAAUUUUUCGGACUAUUUUAA